GUCGCUCCGGCAACGCGCCGCGAGGUGGCCGCCGGCCGCGUGACGCUCGGCCGCUCGCGCUCGGCGCCCUCGGUCUCUCGCGGCAUUGGCGAGGCUGCUGGGGCGCAGAGAUGACUGAUGAGGAGGACUCCGAGACCGCCGUCGUCGAGUUGCAGGGCGGGGAGGAGAACGAGCUGCCGACUAUCCAGCUGUGUGAGCUGGUGGAAGAGCUCAGGUAGGCCGGGGGCCCCGGAGGUUCAGAGGUCAACUGUACAACUUCCCGGUCUCCCAGAGUAUCCGGUUGUAGCAGCGGAGCGGCUGUUACUUCACUAUGUCCGUGAACAGUUGAGGUCAGAACUGAGCUAUGGAAACUCUGCUCUCAAAACUGAGACAGAGAUGUUUGAGAAAUAUUAUAAUAAACUGGAGCCCAGGGAUCAGCGACAUCCACGAUUAUCAGAAAUUAUAUCAGGAGCCGAAUUUGCACAGUUCCGAGGCAAGCAUAGAUCCAAAUCCCGUAUAGGUAUGGACCAUGUGAUAGGCCUCAGUUGUGACCAAAAAUGCGAGCUUGUACAAAAGGAGCUGGAAGACAUGAAGGACGAGAUCAGGCACAUGAGAGCAAAUGCCGAACGAGACCUGCAGCAUCAUGAGGCUAUCAUUGAGGAAGCUGAAAUCCGAUGGACUGAAGUUCAGAGAGCAGUGCAUGAGUUUAAAAAAGAUAUUCUCAAAACCAUAUCCAAGAAGAAAGGGAGUAUUUUGGCCACUCAGAAAGUGAUGAAGUACAUUGAGGACAUGAACCGCCGGAGGGAUAAUAUGAAGGAUAAAUUACGUUUGAAAAAUGUUUCUCUCAAAGUACAGAGGAAAAAGAUGCUUUUACAAUUGAGGCAGAAGGAAGAGGUAGGCGAGGCCCUCCAUGAUGUUGAUUUUCAGCAGCUGAAGAUCGAGAAUGCUCAGUUUUUAGAGACAAUUGAAGCAAAGAAUCAAGAACUGAUCCAGCUAAAGCUGGCAUCUGGAAACACCCUGCAGGUCCUCAAUGCAUACAAAAGCAAGCUAUACCAAGCAAUGGAAAUGUCUGUCAAUCUGGACAAGGAGAUCUUGCUGAGAAAUGAGUUACUUGAAAAAAUUGAAAGAGAAACCCUACAAGUAGAGGAGGACCGGGCCAAGGCUGAGGCUUUGAACAAGAAGCUCCGCAAGCAGCUGGCUGAGUUCCGCUCGCCACAGGUGAUGUUAUAUGUGCGGGAGAACAUCUUAAAUGGGGACCUGGAGAAGACCAUCAAGAUGUGGGAAAGGAAAGUGGAGAUAGCAGAGAUGUCCUUAAAAGGCUACCGCAAGGCAUGGAAUAAAAUGAAAACCACCAAUGAGCAGUUGCAGGCACUUUGCCCCCCCCAGGAAAUAGCCAGAGGGAGGCCACAGCUGCAGACCAGAGUGAUCCAUUAAAGUAAUCAGCUCCUUUCCAUUCAA